AUGGCUGCUUCACGGGGCUUGCCGUAUGGCGUUCUUGCUGGCCGAGGCGGGGGGCGAACAGCCUUCGAGCCGAAUUCUGACCCGUCAUCCCCGCCGCCCCGUCGUGGGGCGCCGGACGACGUGCCGUUGGAUGCGCCGGAUGCGGUGGACUUGCCGGAGUUGCCGGGCGCGUGCCGCACAGUGGAGCAGCGUCACAGCGGAGCUUUGCGGCGGAGACGGCUGCAAGUGACUGCGCAGUUGCUCCCUAUCGCUGCUCGCAUCGCUUGGCAGCAAGCCACUGGUAGCGACCAAGCAGUGGAGAACACCCGUCGCUUGCAACAUGUUUUGGAGGCACUGGGCCCCGCCUUCGUGAAGUUGGGCCAAGCAGCGGCCUGUCGCGAAGACAUUUUGAGCCAAGCAGUGGCCGCUGAGCUUCGGAAGCUUUGCGACCAGGUCGCACCCUUUGACCACCUCGAGGCCCGACGCUUGGUCGAAUGCCAGCUGGGCGGCGCAGCCGCUGCGGCCGCAGCCGCGCGGGUCACGGCGGAGAGCUGUGUGGCCGCGGCCAGCCUGGGGCAGGUGUAUCGCAUCCAGUUGCAUGGUCAGACCUUUGCCAUGAAAGUUCAACGUCCUGGAUUGAAUCGGGCCCUUGCCAUCGAUGUGGUCAUACUGAAAGGCAUGGCUCGUGUUCUCCGCUGGCUGGUUCGGCACUUCAUGGCUGCAAGUGUCGACCCAGUUCAGAUUGUGGACGAUUGGGCUAAGACCCUUUGGGACGAGCUGGACUACAAGAAGGAGGCGCAAAGUAUGGAGGACAUGCGACACGCUCUUUGUGGCUCUGUGAAGGGUUUGGUGAUCCCGAGGGUACAAUGGCCUUUGACCUCGCUAAGGGUCUUGGCCACCGAAUGGGUGGAGGGCCAAAAGCUCACAGAGUUCCCCCGAGCGGUGAAGAAUCAGCACGUGGGCAUCGGUGUGGAAGCCUUUGCGGCCAUGAUCCUGGAUGUGGGGGUGGUCCAUGCUGAUCCGCACCCUGGGAACUUCAUCGUCACCGGCGACGCCGAGAUUUGCUUGCUGGACUUCGGCAUGGUCUGCCGGGUCCCGGAAGCUCAUCGCCGUGCCUGGGCCCAGUGCGUGGUGGACCUCGUGCGCAAGGACCACAGUGCUGUCCUGGACGACCUCAUCGAGAUCGGCUUUUUCCCAGCGGACUGCCCUCGCCACGAGAUUUUGCCCGUCAUGUCCAAGAUUUGGGCCAAGCUAGUGGAGUGCGGCAGCGACAUCCACAAGCGGAAAAGCGCUGUGCAGUUGCUCUACCAGGAGAUUUUGACCUUGGUCCGGCGGUUUGAGUUUAGCUUGCCUGAUUACUAUGUGGCCCUCGUGCGCGCGCUGCUCACAUUGGAGGGCAUUGCGCUGGCAGCAGACUGCAAUUUCGACAUCUUCGAAGCGGCCUUCCCCGUGGCCUUACGCUUCCUCUCUUCGCCCCGCCGCGGCCUCGGCCUCUCCAGCGCUGGCCGCUGGGGCGCGCGCCUGCUGCAGAACCGACAGGUGGCGCGGCUAGUCCUGCGAAGCGCCAACAUGAACUAUAGAGCCGCACUUGGUGCAGUGCUGUUCCUGUGGAUUGCUUUGCUGUCCUACUCGGCCUCUUCCUUCGCCAACCGGUGA